ACACGCCCUUAGAUACCUUAUCUACACAAGAUAUUUUCAUUAUCCCGACAAAUAUCUUCUCUACACAGCUCCUCUAUUAAAACCCUUCCCUAAAUCUCAUCUCACAGAGAAAUAACCUCAAAAACCUUAUCUUCUCUCCACACACACUCAGUAACCAUGGCCGCUUCAGUUACCUUCCUCGCCCUCGCCCCACAAACCUUAUCCGCCCACCACCCUUCCUCCACGGCCGCCGGCGUCGGCCGCAGCGUCGUCUCCGCUUUCUUCGCCCCUUCUAUCAAACCCUUUCCCAAACUCGUCCUCCCGCUCUCGUCCGGCGCCCUUCGCGCAAAUCCAUCUUUUGGGUUCUUGAGAAACGUCUCCGUUUCUUCCGAGCUGGAUGCGGAUUUGUCCGAGGACGAAGGGCUCGAUUUCUCCGCCGGCGAGGAGCCGAGAUUCUCGCCUGACUUGAAGCUUUUUGUCGGGAAUUUGCCGUUUAAUGUCGACAGCUCUGAGCUGGCUGGGUUGUUUGAGCAGGCUGGGAAUGUCGAGAUGGUUGAGGUUAUAUACGACAAGACUACUGGAAAAAGUAGGGGUUUUGGUUUCGUGACUAUGUCUACCGUCGAGGAAGUAGAAACUGCUGUACAACAACUCAAUGGCUAUGAACUUCAGGGCCGGAGUCUAAGGGUGAAUUCUGGGCCCCCACCUUCCAAGAGUGAAAACUCUUCAUUCAAGGGAGCCCAAAGUGGUUAUGGGUCCGGGCCCAAAUUUGGGUCUGGGUCCAUUGACAGCAGCAACAGGGUUUAUGUGGGUAACCUUUCGUGGGGGGUCGAUAAUCUUGCUCUCGAAACAUUGUUUAGCGAGCAAGGGAAUGUUAAGGAGGCUAGUGUGGUUUAUGACAGGGAAAGUGGGAGGUCUCGAGGUUUCGGUUUCGUGACGUAUAGUUCGUCAGCCGAGGUCAACAAGGCCAUUGAAUCGUUCGAUGGGAUGGAAUUUAAUGGAAGAUCUAUUCGAGUUAGCCGUGCUGAGUCGCGCCCGAGGCGCGAGUACUAGUGACCUCUGAAAUACUUGAGAUUCUCAAAAGUGGUUGAAUUAAUGAUAGAGGAGAUAACAAAGAGUUGAAGCUUCAUAGAUGUUCCUGAUCAGUAUGAGAUAAGUGGAGUACUUUUGUGUGUUGAGACCCAAAUCUGCAAAACAUGGGAUUUCAACUCCUUCGGUUUUUGGAUUGAACCUUGGAUGACUCGUGUAACAAAGGCUAAAAGGAUCUGUGAAAGCUUAUGAACUAUCCAUAGUCUAUGUUUGUGUUUUUCUUAGAAAUGAAAUUAUGUAAUAGUUCAUCUAAUACCUCUUCUAGCAGAGGAAUUUGUUUUUUGGAGACUAUCUGGCUUGCAGAUUGUAAUUUUUUUAGGUCAUGCAUUGAUAUCCAAAUUUGAAAGGCCAAUUUUUCCUUUUAUUUUCCACAAAAUUUGCAUUUAUUGUUUUGUCUUUUCAAGUUGUAGAAGGAAAUACCAAAUUACCAACUAACCAAGAACAAGUUUAGCCCAUUGAACUCUUCCAAAUCCAUAUUAUUGUUAUACAGGCCUUUUUAUCAAUUGGGUCAUCUCAUGCCUUAACAAAUGGGAGAUUAAUGGCCUUGCUCUAGUUGUGGCACAAUGAAUACCCAAAAUCAAGCCUAUGAUUUUUUUUUUUAUUUUUUU